GAAUUGAUGCAAGUUAAGUAGUAGAGGCUGUUGAGCGCUGAGCAGUAGCUCUGCUCUGCUGCAACUUUUGAUAGAGAAAAGUAGGGAUGGUGGAGAAGAUGAAUAAUCAUAGUAAUAAUGAUAAUAAUAAUCAAGAGGUGACCACAUUCAAUUCCAGAGAAAUAAAUCCAAGUUCCAUAUUCCAUUCAAUUGUAGCCUUGACAAUAUGGAUGGGCGGCAUCCAUCUCAAUUUCCUCUUAUUCUUCAUCCCUCUUCUCUUCCUUCCUUUUUCCAAAUUCCUACUCUUUUUUGGAUUGCAAUUGCUGUUUAUGUUCAUUCCGAUCAAUGAAAAUAGUAACUAUGGCCGACGCUUGUCCAGGUAUUUAUCUAAGCAUAUUGCUAGCCAUUUUCCCAUUUUUCUACAUGUUGAAGACAUCAAUGCCUUUCAUUCUGAUCGUGCUUAUGUGUUUGGUUAUGAGCCACAUUCAGUUAUUCCUCUUGGUCUCGGUAUACUUUCAGACUGUAUGGGUUUAAUGCCUCUUCCUAAAAUAAAGGUCCUUGCAAGUAGCGCCGUGUUCAUCACUCCAUUUUUGAGACAUGUAUGGACAUGGUGUGGUGUUACACCUGCAACGAAGGAAAAUUUUACAUCCCUUCUGGAAGCUGGUUAUAGUUGUGUCUUGGUGCCUGGUGGAGUUCAAGAGACAUGUUAUAUGAAGCAUGGAACUGAGAUUGCUUUUCUUAAAUCGAGAAGAGGAUUUAUUCGAAUAGCUAUGGAGACAGGCAAACCAUUGGUUCCAGUUGUCUGCUUUGGUCAAUCACUUGUGUUCAACUGGUGGAGACCUGGUGGAAACUUAUUCAUGAAACUUGCAAGAACUAUUAAGUUUGCCCCAAUUUUCUUCUGGGGGAUUCUCGGAUCUCCAUUUCCCUACCAACAUCCGGUUCAUGUUGUGGUGGGUAGACCAAUUGAGCUGAAGAAAAAUCCACAGCCUACUAUGGAAGAGGUUGUGGAAAUACAAAAUCAGUUCAUUGCAGCACUUAAAGAUCUCUUUGAGAGGCACAAAGCACGAGUUGGCUAUCCAGAUCUUAAACUUGAAAUUAUUUGACGCUUGCAUUUGGUAUGUUGUGUUAUUAUUAAGGAAGGGAAAUUAAAUGUAAAACAGCAGAUAAACAACCAUCAUUUGCAGCGUGAAAAUUUUUAGUUAUUGGAUUUUCAUGGUAGAAAA